AUGAUUCACAAAUCUCAGGUCCCCCGGUCCUGUGACCGGUGCCACGCCAUCAAGGAGCGCUGCCAAUGGAGCCCCGGCGUGUUUCAGUGUGAACGGUGCACAAGGAUCGGGCACGUGUGCGAGACUCGACGGCCGUUGAAGCGGCCCGGCCGACCGCCAUCCUGCCUCAAGACUCUCGCCAAACGAGCCCGGCCUCCUCGCCCGGGCUGUGACAGCGCCAGGAGGAUGCCGCUGGCAGACGUGAUCCCGUCGUCGUCAUCGUCGUCGUCGUCGUCGUCGUCGUCGUCGUCGUCGCCAACAGAGUCGUCGCCCGGGCCGGGGCCGGGGCUGGGCCCGGUCGCGCCGCCGCCGCCGCCGCCGCCGCCGCCUCCGCCUCCGCCUCCGGCCAGCCCUUCGCCCCGAAGCACAUUUCUGUCGCCGUUUCCCUUCCUGACCGACAGGGAGGUUUUCCUGCUGGACCGCGUCGUGCACCAGGAAGGCUUCCUCCAGAAGCUGGUCCUAGGCCCCAGCUUCUGCGCGUCGUAUCGCCAGAGGCUCGUCUUCCACCUGCUGUCCUCCCACGCCGUCGUCGCCGACGGCUACCUCGCCUACGCCCUCUCCAUGGGGGACGCCUGCGACAGAAGCGCCAGCUACCGCUACGCAGCCUCGGCCCUGGGCACGCUGCGCUCCCUCAAGGUCACGGACCAGCUCGACAGCACGGCCUGCCUGAUGCUCGGCUAUCAGCUGCUGCACUUUGUCAUGACCGUCGGGGGCCCGGAGCUGCUCCACGUGUGCAACCAGACCCUCAACCUCCUCAAGCCCCACUUCCUCUCGGCCGGCAAGAUCCUGCGCGGCGCCUACGCGGGCUUCCUGACCAGCAUCGUCCUGACCGAGGCGGCCGAGUGCCUCAUGAAGACGAGGUUGCCGACCAUCCGCAUGGACCACCCUGCCCUGCACUCCCACGUCGACGCCUGCAUGGGCCUCUGCAGCGGCCUCCUGGUGCACCUGCACACCGUGGCCGUGCUGAGCCACGCGCUCCGGCAGGCCAGGCGGCCCGCCCGGGGGGACGUCGACGACGGCCACGACGGCCACGCCGACGGCCACGACGGCUACGCCCUGUCCCGACGCCUGGACGACCUCGAGCGCCGCGUGCGCGGCUGGAAACCCGUCAUAGCGGACGACUUUUGCGACACGUACACGAGCGCCGAGGUCGUGCACAUGCUGUGCCAGGUGCAGAUCAUUCAGGCGACGCUGCUGCUCAUCAUCCACCGGCUGCGCUUCCCGUUUGGCACCGAGCGCGCCACGGCGUCGGCCCUGGCCACCACCAUCCUCGCCCACAUCGACAUGGCCUUUCGCAAGACGGGCAGGACCCCCACGUGCAGCGACCUGCCGCUCUUGGCCGCCGGCCUCGAGCUGCACAGCGACCCCGGCCGGUUCCAGGAGCUGCUGCCGUACUCGACCAUUGGCAACUGGUCGGACGUCUUUACCAGGCGAAUCUCGCGCUUCUCCGCGCUGAUCUGCAGGGCCCGGCGAAGGAUGCCCGGCGUGUACUGGUACGACUUUGGCGACAUAAUUCCCUCGUCGACGUAG